GGCCGUAAUUGUGUACAGUCCGUGGUCUAAAAAUAGAACUAGAGUUUUUUAAAAAGUUGCGUGGUGUGUUGGAUGCAGUUAUAUUUAUUUUAACUAAACUAGGCCUAGUGUGUUGAUAAGACAUAAACAAUAAUCAGACAGGGUGAUAAUACUGUAUCUGAUCUCAUCGGAGCAGACGAUUGUAUUGACAGCAGACGAUUGCGUUACAUUAAAACGGAUAUUAAAAAUAGUGGUGUAAUUUUUUUUUUACGAAACAAGUCUGAUAUUUAUUUGUUUUUAAUUUUUAAAAAUUCAUAGAAACGAAAAAAAAAACGACAACAGCUUAGCUUGAUGACUUUUCUCAUUAAGAAAAGUAAAUUAGGAUCGUUAAAGGAAAAAUUCAAAAUUUGAGCCGACCUGGUGUGUAGCUGAGUCCAGGUUGUGGCAGUUGUUGGGGAGAUGGGAAGACGUAAGACACGUUGGGACUCCAACAGUUAUGGGAUUUACAUCAUUGGUGAACAGCUGCGAGAGCAGAUGCACAAGCAAGGUCAGGUCAAGGACAGACGGUACCACCUGAGGAAGUACAAGAAAUGCUUCAUUGGGCGUGACGCCAUCGACUGGAUCCUCAAGAUGCACCACGCCCCCUCGCGUGACGAGGCGGUGCGGGCCAUGCAAAUUUUACAGAAAAGUGGCGUCAUACAUCAUGUGGUGGACGAACACGAGUUCCGGGACCAGCACCUGUUCUACAGAUUCACCUACGACGACAACACCUAUCGUCUGGACAAGGAGCUUUCUUUCUUCUACCGGGGCGUCGAGAUCUACAACAAGAUGAGGUCUAGCACGGAGGGUGUGAUGAGGGACUUCUACCACAAGGGGAUGCUGUACUCUGAAGCUUUCUAUGGCAGCGAUGCCGUGGACUUUAUCCUCAUCAGCGAGGCUGACCAGGAGAGGAGUCUUGUGGUCAACGAGUUUAGAGAUUUGUUGGAGAGGGAUAUCAUCAAACACGUCACAGACGACUACCAUUUCAGCGACGAUCGUCUGAUAUACGAAUUCAACCUUGACCUCAACAAGCCGUGCCUGCUACAGGAUGUCCUCGACAUGACCCCCAUCAAGAAGAGCAGCGAGGGGGAGAGAACGGAGGCUGGGGACGGGGAUGACAGAACGUCUGACUCUGGGCACGGGAUUCCGGUCCACAUCAAAAGCUUGGCAAAGUUUGGACAUGCCCGGCCUUCUAUCGACUCGGCCAUGUCGGGCGCCAGCAGCAGCACAGGGGGGUCGUCGUACCGUGAGGGGGACGGGUUCGGCGUCCCGUCCCACGGGCUGGAGCCCAAAUCAGUGUUAAUACGAACGGCUACAGUCCAAGAAUUGGAAAAUCCCGCAGCGCCGUAUGUGAAAAGAAGUUUUCGGAUCGAGUCUGACGAGAUGGGGUUUGGUUUUGUACUGAGAGGGUCGUCACCAUGUUAUGUUCAGGCGUUGGAUCCUUUAGGGCCUGCAGCUAGUGCGGGGAUGAAGGUUCGACAGUUUGUAUCAAACGUGAACGGUCAGAACGUCCUACGCAUGGACCACAGACAGGUGGGUCAGAUGAUCGCCCAGCAGAGCAAACUGGCUAUCACCGUCCUCAUGUACAGGUGUGACGUCGAUCGCCUCUGACCCUGGUCACGUGACCAUCCAUUCAGACGAUUACAAUAAUAAUACUCAUGAUUUUUUCGCGACAUCAUUUAUAAUGAAAGUCAGCUGACUGGGUUUUUCAACAAAAAAAGUGCAUUUUAUUUAUCGAAAGUUUACCAUCUCAUUAACUACUUGCAAUUGUACAUUUCCUGUUGAAAUAAUUAUGUUUCCCUCCCUUUACUGUAGUAGCAUACGUUGGCAAUAAAUGUGUAUUAUUACGUAAUUCCUGUGUUUUAAUGUGUACAUAAAUCGGGUGAAACUUUUAUAAUGUUCAAUGAUUAUAUUCAUUUCUAUUUUUUUCGAUUAAAAAAAAUCAUUUCUUCUGAAACUGAAUACAAGAAGAUGAACGAGGGUAUCAUAGAAAUUUUAAUGAAUUAAAUGAGAAAUCCACUAAUUAUGGAUUUGUAUUUAGACCGUUUUACACAACUAGAUAAGUUCAUUUUAUAAAUGGUUCAUAAAAUAUAUUUUAAAACAAUUUUCAAU